AUGGCGGAGCAGAUCCCCAAAGAUGUAAUGAUCAAAGUUCUGGAAAGAUUACCAGUUAAAUCCUUGAUCCGGUUCGCCUGCGUUUCAAAGCGCUGGCGUUUCAUCAUAUUGUUCGACCCGCAAUCCGCCAAAGCCCAUUACGAAGUAUCUCGCGAGCGCCAAACCAUCCGCCGCAGAUUUUUGAUCACCACCUCCGUCCGGUUUGAACUCAAUUCCAUAGAUUUCGAUACGUCGUCGUUCGAUGGAAUGGGUAGAAUCCCAUUCGAGCAACCAGGCAUCAAGUCCUGGUCGUUCUUAUGCUCCUGCAAUGGUUUGGUAUGUGCUACAGUUUCUAUCUCCACCGCAGCGAAACUUGUGAAUCACAUGUAUAUUUGGAACCCAUCAACUGGAUUCCUUAAAAAAUUACCUGAUCCUUCCAUGAAUGUGUAUCCAGUAUUCUACGGUAUGGGCUACUUGUCAGCCACCGGCGACUACAAAAUUAUAAAACCCGGCCAGAUACUCUCACUGAGAACUAACGUUUGGAAACCGAUCCAUAUCCCUUUCAAUUAUCUAUACGCAUACGAGGGGAUUCGUGUAAAUGAGGCACUCCAUUGGUUCGACGAACAUAAUCCGGGGGUUGUUGCAUUUGAUCUGGCGACCGAGGGGUUCCGAACAAUGCCCCUUCCUCAUGCCUUUAAAGUCAAGAAUCGUAUACGUCUGGCAGCUUCUGUUGGAAGAUGCCUGUGUGCACUUGAUUAUGUACGUGUUAAGUUUCAUGAAUAUGGCUCUAUCGAUUUGUGGGUAAUGAGAGAUUAUGGGGUGGCUGACUCCUGGACUAAGCUCUUCAACUGUGAGUUCAACGAUUGGUGUAUUAUCGAGUCCGGACAUAUAUCUGUUUGGGACACUAGUAUAAUUUUUUAG